AUGUCUGACUAUGAUCGUGAAAGGUGUCGGUGUUGUUUGGCGGUUUCUGGGGGAUUAGCUGUUGGCAAGGAAGGCCCAAUGAUACACAUAGGCUCAGUUAUUGCUGCAGGGCUAUCUCAAGGACGCCUUCGGUUUUGCAAAGUGUCUUUAGGCUGUUUGAGAAUUUUUAGAAAUGAUCAGGAGAAACGUGAUUUUGUCAGUGCUGGGGCCGCCGCAGGAGUUGCGGCGGCUUUUGGAGCGCCGGUUGGUGGUCUAUUGUUUUCCCUUGAAGAAGGCGCUAGUUUUGUUUACCAAAGAUUAACAUGGACCAUCCUCUUCACAUCAAUGGUUUCUAUGUUUACUUUGGCGCUUUUCAAAACUCUUACCCGCACUCAUGAAUUUAAAUUUACUCCGGGUGGUCUGGUUAGCUUUGGCACUCUUGAAUCUCUGAAUGAUUACAAUGCCUAUGAAAUUCUCAUGUUUUUAGUAAUGGGCCUAAUUGGCGGACUAUCUGGAGCAUUAUUUGUCAAAGCAAAUUCCGUGUUAACAAGGUAUAGACAGAAAAACAUGACGACGAAGUUUAAUAAAAUCUUAGAAGCUACUUUAGUCAGUGCACUAACAACUACCCUAUGUUUUGCAGUAAUGUGGGGUGUUCGUGACUGUAGUCCAAUAGCAUUUACCAGCAGUUCUUUCCCUCUAAAAAUGAUGUGUGCAGACAACGAAUUUAAUUCAGUUUCUUCCUUAUUAUUUUCAACACCCGAACGUUCUCUGCGAAUUUUGCUUCACGACCCUCCAAAGACGUACAGUAUCUUUGUUUUAACUGUGUUUGUGCUCGUGUACUACUUUUUGGCCUGUAUUACAUAUGGUCUAUCGGUACCAGCUGGUCUAUUCAUCCCAUCUUUGUUAAUCGGUGCAGGUUGGGGUCGGAUCAUCGGAAAUGUAAUGCAUACAAUCGAUCCAACUCAUUUUUCGGACCCAGGAAAAUUCGCUCUAGUUGGAGCUGCGGCACAGUUGGGUGGUAUUGUUCGGAUGACUUUGAGUUUGACAGUUAUCCUUAUGGAGGUGACCGGCAACGUGAUAGUCGGUUUGCCUUUACUGAUGACCUUAACAGUUGCUAAAUAUAUGGGCGAUUGUCUGAGUGAAGGCAUAUAUGAUGAACAUAUUGGGUUAAACAGUAUGGCCCUACUUCCCUGGACACCACAUUCCUUAUCCAUAACUAAAAGAGCUUAUGAUAUAAUGUCAAAUCCUGUUGUGUAUUUAUAUCCUAUCAUGCGUAUUGGUGAUUUGGUUGACCGCAUUACUAAUAAUUUACAUCAUGGUUUUCCAGUUGUUGUUGGUUCCACUGAUCCAUCUAGGUUUUCAUAUGGUACCUUAGUUGGUAUGAUUUCAUCUGAGCAUUUGGGACUAUUGCUUCAAAAGCGUGCAUUUUUAAAAGAUGGUAGUACAGUGUACUCGAUGAGCUACAAAGAUUAUGAUGACGCCUAUCCGUCUUAUCCAAAGUUGGGUGAUGUUUUAGCUAAUCUAUCUUUUGAAGAUAUGGAUGCCUACUUAGACUUGAGACCGUAUAUGUGUGAAGCGCCUUACAGUGUUCCAGAGACUAUGACAAUGACUCGCGUAUACCACCUUUUCCGUCUUCUUGGUCUUCGGCAUCUACCAGUUGUUGAUAAUCAAAAUCAGGUUCGUGGAAUUAUUACACGAAAAGACUUAAGACGCUUUAAAUUCGAAUUUGUCGGUGAUGAAUAUCGCGUUGAAGAGUUAAUUUUUUCACGUAAAAUGAAGAUAUAUGAAGAAAACUUUUUUAGUUACAACCAUCCACAUAUUUACACUUGAGAUUUGGAUCACUAGAAAGUAUAUUUUGUUGAGAUCGUCCAACUGAUUGAAAUAUUGAAGUUGGUGUUGAUGAUGUUGUCUAGAAAGAUAAUGAAAGCUUCAGAAUCAAACCACUCAGCUCAGAAAACGCAA